AUGGCGUCCGGCGUCGACUUCAACCCGUUCCUCUUCCUCCGCCGCCGUGCGAGCCGGAGGCAGGCUCGCCGGCAGCAGGAGGCGGAGGCGCGCGAGGAGGCGAGGCGGGCCGAGGAGGCCCGGAGGCAGCGGGCACGGGAGGCAGGAGCGAGGCGGGCCGACAUGGACGUGCUCUUGCUGCAGUUCCCCGAGGCGGACCGCGACCUGGCGAUGAGUGUGCUCGUGGCGUGCGGAGACAAUCGCGGCCUCGCCACCGAGAAGCUGUCCGACAUCAUGGGCGAGCCGCCCUUCAAGGAAUGCGCGGUGUGUAUGGAGCGGCCGCGCGAGGUGCGGUUCGAGUGCGGGCACGCGUGUUGCUGUGAGUCGUGCGCCACCACGCUCUCCGAGUCUGCUGCGCCACUCUGCCCGCAGUGUCGUGCGCACAUAUCAAAGGGUGCGUGGACGACGGAGCCCGAUCGGCAUGGAACCGCAAUCGGAAGGCAAAGCACCUACCGCGGCCAGCAACCCGAGGAACCAGCCUCGACGCCAGCGGCCGCUUCCAGCCCAGCGCCCACGGGGAGGCAGGAUGCGGUCGUGGGACAACUCGCUCUCAUUGGUCUUGCACUGGUCGUGAGUGCGAUAGCCGUUGCGGGGGUGCGCUCGGGCGGCGCGGGGUAG